GUGUACUUUAUUCUGCCAUCCGUGUGUGCGAGGGCAUGGUUUCCAGCAUCGAGGAGUUAAUGCUCGAAACAGUAGGAGGCAGGCGAUUGGUCCGACCAUAGGACUGACGAUUUGUCCAACCUUCGUUUUUCCCUUGGAGAGCGCACACGCGACUUUCCUGAUGUCCCGAAGAUGAUGUCCGCAAAAUGCCCAGCCCGAUUCUGUCCCAAAGUGCUCCCCCCCAAUCAGUAGUUCCAUCCACAUUCAUCCAGCGCGACUCGUGAACAAGGUGUUCUAAAGUUGGGCACCCUGUGUAUCUGCCUCUUGUUGGCUGACUAACUAGCAGGCCUGCAAGCCUUGUCUGUUUAGCAAGGACGACUGCCAUGGUUACACCUAGUCCGCGAAUACGUACAGCAUUUCACCACCACCACGUGAAACUCGGGCGGCGUGCGACGGUCUAUGAAUUCUUCCUCGCUUCUCCGCGUGAGCCAAGGAUUCGUUCGUUUCCUUUUUGCCCUUCUUUUUGUGAACCCUAAACAGCGGUCCGGCUGCUAAAGCAAAGCUACGCUACUGUAGCGGACAGCGGGCAGUUUUUCGGUGUACUGUACUGUACAGCAACUUUAGUGACCUGCGCGUGCGCACUCAGCACGUUACAAGCAUUACAAUUCAGCACGUUAUAAGCAUUACAAUUCAGCACGUUAUAAGCAUUACAAUUCAGCACGUUCCUCAGGGUAGUACAAAACAGUACACGUUAGUGUCCGUCAUUAGUGUCACUCCCGAUCGCGUGCUCCACGGUGAUCAUGGAUGAUGACGUGUUAGGCGGGAGAACCACGCAUGCCAGCAGAUUGCGUCGUCAUCAUGAAUCUCGGCCUGCCAGACCCAGCCGCAGAACGACCACUCCUUAAACCGACGUUCCUGUGGUCUAUCAUGAGUGAAAAUGGCGCGGGAUAGGUGUACUUUGCCUCCAAGCUGGAGGGUAGCUCAAAGCUCUCUCUCUUCGUCUUUUUAGAUGCCUCAAUAAACGACUCCCAGUCGCAGAACGAAGGAUCGAGGUGUACAGCAUCAGCACAUCUGUGGUACAGUAUCACCGACGUACACCAGGGACCUUGCGGCAGCAUGGACCCAUGUACUGUACCCCACUAGCAUCAGUACUGUACCCCAUGUACUGGCGGAUAGUGUGAUGGACGGCAGAUGUCACCCGAAACAAGGCCACCCGGGUGGAUUUCAGGCACGUGGUCCCUGUGGGAGGAUCCCCCGUCCCACCAUGAUCCCUAUGCAAUUCAAAUCCCGCCAGUCUGUUUCUGGCACUCCGAGUGAGGCUCUGACUCUGGCAGUGCCUCGCAGGCUCUCAGCCGGGCAGUCUCAGAACCUGCCAGGCUCAGAGACUCGCUUAGUGCUACUAUUAGUAACACUGUGGCACGUGAAUUCCGCCGUGAAGCCGAUUGCGUUCCUCAGAAUCAGAACGUGUCGAACAGUUCUCCUUCUCCCCCUUAUUCCAAGCUCGCCAGCGUUACCGCUACUAACGGAGUCGGUUCGGUAGGAUCUGGCUGUCUUUCAAAGGGUUUCCGAGAUCGCCACUGGCAAGUUUGGGCUUCGUUUCAGCUUCUAUCAUGGUGCCGCGAGCUGCAUCCGCGUCAGCGGCGGUGGCGGCUGCCAGUGGAGCGUCUAGCAGCAGCAGCAGUAGCAGCAGCAGCAGCAGCAGCAGCAGCAGCAGCAGCAGCAGCAGCAGCAGCAGCAGCAGCAGCAGCAGCAGCAGCAGCAGCAGCAGCAGCAGCAGCAGCAGCAGCAGCAGCAGCAGCAGCAGCAGCAUCAGCAGCAGCGGCAUCAGCAGCAGCAUCAGCAGCAUCAGCGUCAACAGCAGCAGCAGCAGCAGCAGCCUCCUUCCGCUAAUCCACGCUGGACACGUGUCCUCCGUCUGGCACGACAUUCUUCUCAUCCCCCCUCCCCCUCCCCCUUCCCACCCCGCCCCCUUCUUCGCGCCUCAUCAGCCGCGCUCAGGGGGAGGCUCUCCAGACGCUGCGGCGGGCGCCGCCGCUCCCCCACCCCCCACUUCCGCCUUCACGUUCGUGUGCCGCGUGGCGUCUUCCGCCGACUCCGCAAUCCGCGGAAAUCCGCGGCGGCGGCGGGAGAGGCUUCGCAUCCGCGACGACCCGCAGCUGGAGUCGCUGCGGGAGAAGCGGAGGAUUCUGGCGCUGGACGGCAGACUUAAAGUGCUGCCGCCUAACGAAUCGCGGCUGCUGCUAGCGCCGUGGAAUCUGGGGAUCUUGCCGCAGACGUGCGUGCUUGCGCCGCAGUCCAUGUCGAUUUUUAACAGCGCGGGAGGUCCAGAUGGUGAGGUGGAUGAGUGGGGCGAUCCCAAACGCAGCAAUGCUACUACUACUAGUAGUACUAGUACUCCUAGUACUACCAGUAGUAGGAGUAUUGCCCAUAAAGCCGCUAAGGACCACCCCUUAGCAAGUACUAGAAACGGCUUCAGUGAUCGACAUCUGAUGACGAGUCAUCAGACCCAUACGAAUGGCUGCAGGAAAUACCCAGAUCCGUACGAUUUGGACGGCCAGGAUCCAAGCAAGGAGCUCAGAGACUCCCUCCUGACAGCGUGCGACAACUCGCCUCUAGAAGCGGUGGAGAUUGGGUCGCAGGCGCGCGAGCCUGGCGACGUGUACGACGUUCUCCCGCUGCUGGCGAUGCCCCUGCGACUGCUGGGGGCGGGGCGAAACAGCAUGGCGAUUUCGUGGAGGAUUGUAACCAUCGCGGCGGACGACGAGCUGGUGACGAGCGGGGAGCUGAAACUUUUGGGCCCGGAUCUGUUGGAUCAAGUGCGGAAGUGGGCGGGAAACUCGGACUUCGGAUAUGGAGAAAUUGCUGGACCAGGCCGCUCAGUCAACCCUAGGGACCUCUUCUCCUCCCCCUCUCUUGGGGAGGAUGGGGAGGGAGAGGCCUGGGUAGGGCCGUCACAGGGACAAGCUACGGAGGUCAAAUCAGAAGAAGCAGGGGGGGAGUGGGACUCUCCGUGGGGAAAGGCGGCAGGCAAGCAGGGAGAGGGUGGAGAGGAGGGAGAGGACGGAAUGACGGGGUGGGGGAAGGCAGGCAAGCAAGCCAAGCAAGCAAAGGAGAGAGAGGAGGGAGGGGAGGGAGGGGGGGAGUGGGUGAAGGUAGCCAAUGCAGCAAAGGAGGCGGAGGAGACUAUUCGGUACUCCCACAGCACGUGGAAGCUCCUCUGCCCCACGCUCCGCCGGCCACUACUGAAGCGACUGGGGAAGGCCAGUGGGCGGAUGAACGAGCCCGCGUUGCUGGGGCGUAGGGGCGACGAGCCUGCCCUGUCUGUGCGCGAGCAUAGGGAAAAAGCGCCACAGGACGAUCAGCAGCAGCAGCAGCAGCAGCAGCAGGGAGCACGUCGCUGUAGAACCGUCCCUGCGUCUCUAUCAGCCUCCUCGAUCUCACCACCGUCCUCCUCUUUGUCAGCUUCUAGCCGGCCAUCAUAUCAAAUCCGUCAGAUACAAUCCGCACCAGAUUUUGCUGUCACCACCAGCAGCGCCUGGAGGCUCAUCGCCCCUCCAGAGAGCUACGGCCUUCCGGGGCUCCGCUCGUCUAGGCUUGGCGGAGUGGAAGGGGGGGAAAGCGGAGGAGGGAGAGGAGGGGGAGGAGAGGAAGGGGACGCGGGGUGUGGGGGGAAAGAGCCCAGCAUGUAUAGGCACAGACAUGGGCACAGCUAUUCGGAUUUUGCGUUUCUGUGGAACAGAGAUUGGCUGCAAGGCUCUGAGGAGAUUGCUGGUCAGGUGGUGCUUUCGGUUGGGGCUGUAGCGGGUGCUGUAGCGGGGGCUGUAGCGGGGGCUGUAGUAGAAACUGUCGCAAGCGCUGUAGUGGGGGCUACAGGCUCGGUGGUUGGGAUGGCGGGUAAUGUGGCUGAGACUGUAGCGGGGACAGCAGGAACAGUGGUGGGGAAAGUGACCGAAGCGGCUGGCACUGUAGCAACGGCUGUAGCAUCGGCUGUAGCAGAAUCGAUAGAGGAAGCAACGGCUAAGCCCAAGGAAGCAGUAGAGGCUGUAGCACGAAGAGUGAAGGAUGUAGCGGCUGUCAAGGCUGUGAGCACACGAGUGAGGCAGGGAAGAGGCGCUCUAGCUGCUGCUGUGGGAACAGGAAAUAAGGCGCUUCUGGGACGGCCGCGGUGGAAGUCUUUUGACCUCGCGUGUUUGGACGGGGAAAGUGUACCGUGCAAGGGUCUAGAGUUGGCCAAAGGGGAGGGAGGUACUGGGGAGGGAGGGACUGGGGAGGGAGGUACUGGGGAGGGAGGGACUUGGGAGGGAGGCAUUGGGGAGGAAGGGACUGGGGAGGAAGGUAUUGGAGGUGGUGACGGGGAGGGAGGAAUUCGGAAGGGAGGCACCUUAUCACUGGAAAGGAACCGUCUCGCCAUGAGUGGAAAGAGAGAUGAGGAGGAGGAGGGGAAGCCGGGUACCUUCAGUGGUCGGUGGGGUUCAUCGCCUCAUGACUCCCUCAUGGUAGCUCCUCCUUUCUCUGCUGCACCUGGCUCUUCUCUCUUUCCCCCCUCUUCCUGGUCGCCUGCUGAGGGGAAGUUGGGUAGCUUCAGUGCUCGGUGGGGUGAUUCCCCAAUGGUAGCCCCCCCUUUCUAUGCUUCAGCCGGAUCCCCUCUCUUUUCCCCUCCUUCCUCGUUGCCUUCCCCCCCUCCCCCCCUCACUCGAUCCCCUCCCAUCUGUCGUCCCCGCCCUCGAUCUCCUUCUCUCACUCCCCCCCCUCGGUCCCCUCCUCUCACUCCCCCCCCUCGAUCCCCUCCUCUCACUCCCCCCCUCGAUCCCCUGCUCUCACUCCCCCCCCUCGGUCCCCUGCUCUCACUCCCCCCCCUCGGUCCCUGCCUCUCACUCCCCCCCCUCGAUCCCCUGCUCUCACCCCCCCCCCUCAGUCCCCUCCUCUCACUCCCCCCCCUUGGUCCCCUCCUCUCACUCCCCACCCUCGAUCCCCUCCUCUCCUCCCCUCUCACCCUUCCGCUGUCUCCCACUCCUCCUCCUCUCGUGGUUUCCCCGACGCACCAAGUGCCGCCGGCUCUCCCACCCCUCUCAAAAGAGUCUCUUGGGACCUCACGUUCAAGCCUCGUGGAGGAGGAGUAGCAGCAGCAGCAGCAGCAGCAGCAGGAGGGGGAGGAGGAGGAGCAGGAGUAGCAGGAGCAGCAGGAGGAGGAGGAGGAGGAGGAGGAGGAGGAGUAGCAGCAGGAGUAGCAGCAGGAGGAGGAGGAGGGGGAGGAGGAGGAGGAGGAGGAGGAGUAGCAGCAGAAGCAGCAGCAACAGGAGGAGGAGCCAAGGGGCCUAUACCACGCAGGGCAACCUGGCAUGCAGCAACCACUGUUGAAGCUACUUCUGUAGCUGUUGCCAUGACAGCAGAAGAGCCAGCAGAGCGAGACUAUGAAGCUAUUGCUGCCGCAGCUUUUGCCAGUCAGAUAGCACAUGCUGCUGCUGCUGGUGCUGGUGCUGCUGCUGCUGGUGUGACUAAAUCUUCCUCCUCCAAGGCUUCCGGGAAGCUUCCUUCAUUUGAGCUGCCCAGGAAAGGUUUCAGCUUUGACCAGAGGCACAGGCGUAAUGUGUCCCUGUCCGAGCUCCCGCAAUUUUCAUCCGUUGAUCUUUCGGGCAGCUUGGAAAAAGGUUCUGUAUGUGGGAAAGCCCAGGCAGGAAGCGGACAGGGAAAGGUGCAUGCAUCAUCUGUUGCAGUUUCAAAGGCUUGCAGACCACAGAGUGCCUCUGCAGGAGGCACAGCAGGAGGAGCGGCAGGAGGAGGAGCAGGAGGAGCAGCAACUGGAGGAGCCAAGGGGCCUAUACCACGCAGGUCAACCUGGCAUGCAGCAACCCCUGUUGAAGCUUCUUCUGCCACUGCUGCCGUGGCAGCAGAAAAGCCAGCAGAACGAGGCUAUGGGGCUAUGAUUGCUGCCGCAGCUUUUGCCAGUCAGGUAGCAGAAGCAUCUGCAUCUUCGGCUAAGUCCUCCCCCAGGGCUUCCCGGAAACUUCCUUCUUUUGAUCUGCCCAGGAAAGGUUUCAGCUUUGACCAAAGACACAGACGGAACUCGACCCUUACCGAGCUUCCACAUUUUUCAUCCGCUGACUUCUCGGGCAGAUUAGAGACGAAUUCUGUAAGUGGGGAAGCCCAGGGACGAAAUGGAGGGAAAAGGAAUUGUUGGUUGUCUGUUGCAAUUCCCAAGGUUAGCAGCAGCCACAGGAGAGUCUUAAGCAGUACCUCGGGAUUUGGAUCUCCAAUUCACUCCCCGACCUAGAUAGCCCAGUGCCUACAGUUUGGUUUGGACUGAGCAUAUUGGGUGAUAUAUGUGUUUGGGUUGUACUUUCUAAGAGCACAAACCUGUCUAGCCUUUAACUAUACAUGCAGUUUGCAUAGUGUUGGGCUGAGAAUGGCCCUAGGAUCUUUUCAGGGAAAGAAGUCUUGAGUGAACCCUUGUGCUGGUAUGUGAGA